GCUUCGUCCUUCGGAACCCAGUGAAACUUAUUGCUAAGAGAAGAGGUUUAUUGCCCCGGUGUUUCUGGUCUCCUGUGUAAACUCCCACCAUGCCCACGCGGAGUAUUUAGGAGAUGAACCAACCAGGAAGAACCGAGAACAAACCAUCCAUCAUGACCGUCACCAUGGAGAAACAAACCAACUGGUUGUGUGGUACGAAUCUGCGCUAGUGCGUCGCAAUGCAAUGGUCACAACAACUUAACAUUAAGGUCAAACCUCGAAAACAAGUUGAUGCCUCGACAACAGGUACCACAGAGCCAUCUACUACUUGGUGCUUGUGUAACACAACUUCAGCCGCUGAAGCCACAACUUCAGCAGCUGCAAGCACUGAAGCCACAACUUCAGCCACUGGGGCUUCAGCCGCUGGGGCUUCAGCCGCUGAAAGCACAGAGUCAACCACUGAAGUCACAGCGACAACCACAGUCGCUGAAGCCACAACUUCAGCAGCUGCAAGCACAGAGUCAACCACUGAAGCCACAACUUCAGCCGCUGAAGCCACAACUUCAGCCGCUGAAGCCACAAGUUCAGCCACUGGGCCUUCAGCCGCUGGGGCUUCAGCCGCUGAAAGCACAGAGUCAACCACUGAAGUCACAGCAACAACCACAGUCGCUGAAGCCACAACUUCAGCCGCUGAAGGCACAGAGUCAACCACUGAAGUCACAGCAUCAGCUGCUGAAGCCACAACUUCAGCUACUGAUGGCACAGAGUCAACCACUGGAGUCCCACAGUCAACCACUGGAGUCCUCGAGUCAGCAACACCCAUUUGGUGUCACUGUGGAAGUACGUCUGAGCCAUCAGCAUCAACUACUGAAGACGAGACAACCUAUACAGUACGGUUUUGCAUAACUCACAUUGAUGGCAUGAGUGCUACUUUUGUUGAUGCCUACAUGGAUAACACUUCGGAUGAGUACAAGAAUUUAAGUUCCAGGGUCGUUAAUGCGUUCAGUGGUGAAAACAUGAUGGAAAUUUGUCCCACCGACGAGGCACUCCCAAACACAGUUGAGUUCAGUAAUGGAAGCGCGAUUACAGUUUCUUUUGAAGUCAGAAGUUCAGUUUGUAACAAAAUUGACCUGGCAGAUUCACUGGCCUGUGUGUUCCUGGAAGUCAGGAUCAAACUCUAUGAUGUUUAUAUAAAUGAUACCCUCAUCAUAGCGAAUGCCUUAUGCCCAACCACCACUCCAAAUUCAGCCACCACAGACCAGCACUUGCUGAUCAAGCGAGCUGGUACAAUGUAUCUGAGCCGGAACACACUGCAGGUGGUCUGUGCGGCCGUCGUGGUUCUGUGUGCUGUCCAAUACGUCUUUGCGGUGCAAGGUAUGAGACUUUAA